ACCCCGUCGCAGCAGAUCCUGCACCCCCAGCUGGGGCGGGCCAGGGCGGAGCUGCACCUGGUGCAGGUGAGCGAGCGCGGCCGUCCCUCCCUCCCGCCGCCGAGCAGGAAAUGCCGGGCACCGGCCACCUCGACACGCCGGGACCCCCGGACCCCGCCACGCCGCCGGAGCCCACGGUCAACAUCUUCCAGGUGGAGGGUCCAACCGCCGACCCCACCAGCCAUGCCUGGCCAGGACCCCAGCCCCAGCCUGAGACCCUGGCCUCCAGCCCACCCCAGGAGACCUGGGCUGGCAAGCAUGAGUUCCUGCUGUCCUGCCUAGGCUACUGCGUGGGGCUGGGCAACAUCUGGCGCUUUCCCUACCUGUGUUACCGCAACGGAGGAGGUGUCUUCCUCAUCCCCUACUUCAUCAUGCUACUCGUCGUGGGGCUGCCCCUCUUCCUCAUGGAGCUGAGCCUGGGCCAGUAUGGGGCCACGGGACCCAUCACUGUCUGGAAGUGCUGCCCGAUCCUGAAAGGUGUUGGCGUAGCCAUGCUGAUCGUGUCCUCCCUGGUGUCCCUCUACUACAACGUCGUCAUCGCCUGGGCUUUCUACUACCUGGGCUCCUCCUUCCAGAGCCCCCUGCCCUGGUCCUGCGAUGCCCCCUGGAACGCGCACCUCUGCCAGAACACGUCGGGGAGCGCCGGCUGGGCCAGUGCCAGUGAGGUUUUCUGGAACGAGCAGGUUCUGGGGGUGAAGCACAGCUCCGGCCUCGGGGACCCCGGCCCCGUGCAGUGGCCCCUCGCCCUGUGCCUGCUGGCAGCCUGGAUCCUCGUCUUCCUCUGCAUGCUGAAGGGCAUCCGCAGCUCGGGCAAGGUGGUGUACUUCACAGCCACCUUCCCCUACCUGGUCAUCCUCAUCCUCAUCACCCGGGGGGCCACGCUCGACGGCUCCCUCAACGGCGUCCGCUUCUACCUCUCCUCGGACUGGAGCAGGCUGCGGAGUGCCCAGGUGUGGAGCGACGCGGCCUCGCAGAUCUUCUACUCCCUGGGCAUCGGGUUCGGGGGGCUGCUCUCCAUGGCCUCCUACAACAAGUUUGACAACAACGUCAUCCGGGACACCCUGGUCAUCACCAUCGGGAACUGCUGCACCAGCUUCUUCACCGGCUUCGCCAUCUUCUCGGUGCUGGGACACAUGGCCUGGAGGAAACAAAUCCCCGUGGGCAGGGUUGCUGACUCGGGCCCCGGGCUGGCGUUCGUGGCGUACCCCGAAGCCCUCUCCCUGCUGCCCGGCUCCCCGUUCUGGUCCAUCCUCUUCUUCCUGAUGCUCUUCACCCUGGGAGUGGACACUUUGUUUGGGAACAUCGAGGGCAUCAUCACAGCCAUCCUGGACGAGUUCCCAGCCCUGCGUGACUGGAGGAGGAAGAUGAUACUGCUGGGUGCGCUCUGCACCUCCUUCUACCUGCUGGGGCUCCCGCUGGUCACCCAGGGAGGCAUCUUCUGGUUCACCCUCCUUGACACGUACAGCACCGGCUUUGGGCUGAUCGUCGUCGCCCUCUUCAUGUGCCUGGGCAUCGCCUUCUGCUACGGCGUGAACCAGUUCUGCCAGGACAUCGUGGACAUGGUCUGCUGGUGCCCGCCCUGGUGCAGCCACAUGCUGGGCUACUUCAAGGUGUGCUGGGCCUUCUUUACCCCCUGCCUGCUGCUGUUCACGCUCAUCUACACCGUCCUGGACAUGUACAGCGUGCCCCUGCGCUACAGCACCUACGAGUACCCCGCCUGGGGCACGAGCCUGGGCGUCUGCAUGGGCGCCCUCACCUGCCUGCAGAUCCCGCUCUGGGCCGCCGUGGCCCUGUGCCGCGAGUCGGGGACGCUGAGCGACCGCUUCCAGAAAGCCACCCAGCCCCUGCGCUCCUGGAGGACAGCCACUGCCCGGGACGUGGCCGGAGAUGUCAUCGACGUGCCCUUCACCAUCACCCUGACCGGCAACGACUUCAAUGCGCCGCCCCACGGCAGUGAAGACUGAUGCCGGGUCCAGGGCACCCCACGUCCUCACUCAGAGCCCCCCGGGAAGACGGGACCCGCUGGCGAUGGGGACACCCGCCUGGGGCUGGCUGCUGGCGCACGUGGCUGCCCUUGUGCCGUCACCAUCACCCAUCCCGGUGGAUGGAAACCACCCAUCCCAGCAUGUAUUUUAAUUCUUCUUCCUGGAACCGCUCUGCCCGCUCCAAAGGUGUUUCUAGAGGACUCUCCGUGAGCAGGACCGGCUGCCGGGGCCGCACUCCAGCCCUGGGCAGUUCUCACGUCUCGUCGGAGCAGUUUGGGGGUGGCUGCGUGCGCCCCUGUCCCCGACCCAGCUCUCUCCUGGCAGGGCAGGCUGCCAGCGGCAUCCCUGCCAGGGCCAGCUGCCUUGGGCAGGGGCCAGGCCGGCCGAGCCCACCGUGGCGGCGGGAAUGGCACGCUGACCCCCGGGGUGGGCUCCGGUGCUCGUGGGCAGCAGCUCCGGCACGGCUGGUAUCGCUGUGCCGGUGGGCUGGGCUGGCCCGGCAGCCAACUCAGAGCCCCCAGCCCGGGGCAGGUCCCCCCUCGCCUGUCCUGGGAGCAGCCCCAGGCUGGGUUUGCAGCCUCAGGCGGCGGCAGGUGCACGAUGCAUUUGCUGCUGCUGCACUAAAGCUCCGUCUCCCAGCGCGACGUUGCUGUGCGCCGCC